AUAGACCAGGCCUCUCAGGAGAAACCCCGGGAGAUUCCACACUGUCAACCCCUUCUCCAAGAUCAGCACGUGGGCCUGACUCCUCCUCGGUGCCCAGCUCUGUACUGGCAACUAGCAGAGUAGCAAGCUUGAACUUGGCCUUGAGGAACAGCUGCCUCUAGAGACAGUAAGUGAUUUGGAUCAGACAAGGGUGCUGAGAGCCGGGGCUCACAACCAAAGGAGAAAUGAGCAAUCUGCGGUCUUCGGAGGAGGAGAAAUAUGAUAUGUCAGGUGCCCGCCUGGCCCUAACACUGUGUGUCACCAAAGCCCGGGAAGGUUCCGAAGAAGACCUGGAUGCUCUGGAAUACAUGUUUCGGCAGCUGAGAUUCGAAAGCACCAUGAAGAGAGACCCCACUGCCCAGCAAUUCCAGGAAGAGCUGGAAAAAUUCCAGCAGGCCAUCGAUUCCCGGGAAGAUCCCAUCAGUUGUGCCUUCGUGGUACUCAUGGCUCACGGGAGGGAAGGCUUCCUCAAGGGAGAAGAUGGGGAGAUGGUCAAGCUGGAGAAUCUCUUCGAGGCCCUGAACAACAAGAACUGCCAGGCCCUGCGAGCCAAGCCCAAGGUGUACAUCAUACAGGCCUGUCGAGGAGAACAAAAGGACCCUGGUGAAACAGUAGGUGGAGAUGAGAUUGUGAUGGUCACCAAAGACAGCCCCCAAACCAUCCCAACGUACACAGAUGCCCUGCACAUCUACUCCACGGUGGAGGGAUACAUCGCCUACCGACAUGAUCAGAAAGGCUCGUGCUUUAUCCAGACCCUGGUGGAUGUGUUCACGAAGGGGAAAGGACAUAUCUUGGAGCUUCUGACAGAGGUGACCCGGCGGAUGGCAGAAGCAGAGAUGGUUCAGGAAGGACAAGCAAAGAAAACGAACCCUGAAAUCCAAAGCACCCUCCGGAAACGGCUGUAUCUGCAGGAGAAGUAG